AUGGCUUCUUUACCGAUCAGCGCAUCAUCUCCUGAAGCUCCUUGGAGCCAGUCGGUUGCAGGCCUGAGUGGCCCCAUUGCCAGAAUUUCCACCAUGUUGCCACAUCCAAAAGGCAUCACAGCUAGGCAUCCGAGAAGGAAAAUCUUGCGGAUGAUCAUUAAUAGCCGCACAUCGUUCUAUGUAGAUCAGUCUCCUCGAGUAGCACUUAGACUACGAAGGCUCAGACUGACUGAUGAAGACGGAUUACAACGCGCAAAUCAAGAGACAAUCGAUUAUCGCGCACAGUCCUCGGAUGACGGAAUCGCGUCAUACACAUCAAGCCAGAUUCGAAAACUUAAACCGGAGUUCGACGAGAUGUCAGGUGUACCAGACAGACAUGAGAUGAUCUUCAAGGUCCCCAAGUAUCAAGAUAAAUUGUCUCGAAAACUUCUUAUGCAUCUCAUGACAUCUCCGAAGUUUGAUCAGCUCCACUUUGCUCAAAAUCACCAGCUGGUUCAUCGACUUCAAAGUGCUAAUAACUUGGCUUUUGCAGAGAAGAUCAUCACCGACGCUUUAAAAAAGUGCGGACUGGAAGACUUGGAGCACACGGUGAAGCUACAAGUAUGGGGUCAAUUUGCAAAUGUGUGCUGGAAGAACUUGUCAGAUGCUGAAGUGACCCAUCAAGUUGAGAUAGUGAUCAGUAAACUGAAUGCUGACACAAAAGCUGCCAAAGCCGCUUCUAUGAAUUACGCGCAGGCUGUCUCAAAAGGAAAUUAUGGAGUCAUACUCGAUGACGAGGCAGAUGACUUGCUCUUCUUGUUGUUACAGCUCGAGGAUGGGAUCAUCCCAAAAUUCCUCAUCCCAUACGGAGGUUUUACUGAGCUUCGAUAUCAAUCCGUAGUACAGUUUGUCGAUGCCGCUUGCAAACAUUAUAAAAUUCCACCAGAAAAAGUCCCCAAAGUGUACCGGGGAUUUCCGCAUAUCUAUAUAGAAGAUGAGGCAAGACAUCCCUACGACUAUGAAGAAGGAUUUGGAUAUCUUAUGGAAGAAGAAAGAGUGAGAUACAUUGAGCAAUCACAAGCACUCGAGAAGUCACUAAAAGAUGAUGCAGGCAAGACUUUUAGAGAAGACGCUUGGGAUCACCCUAUAUUUAAAGCAGGUCUGGAUGCGUUGAGGGAUAUGAUUGACAAAGCGGACUAUACCGCUAUUGCUGUAUUAACUUCACCUGCUCCGUUGACUCAUCUACUUGAGGAGAACCCCGAAAGGGCAAAAAAAGUCGGUGUGACCAUGGCAAGUCCGUGGUCGUAUGCCCUGAAUGAAGAUGGUGUUCUCUACUCUCACACGUACAAUUCGGGGAUUAACCUCAAAGCAAUGAAUGGCUUACUCAAAUCAGGUGUGGAAUUUAUAGGUGUUGGGGGAGGUACUGCCAAAACAAAAGGAAUGCGAACAAUUCAUGACUAUGGCCACGGGAGUCAACAAGCAGGACUUUACCCAGAUAUGGGCUUGAAAAAUUUGGAAAAGGUCGUUUCAACCAAGUCCCCUUUGAGGAUUUUCAAGAUCACUGCUUAUGCUGGUGCGAAUAUGACCACUGGAAUAUGGAGAGUCUGGGAUCGAAACUUCUCAGAGCUCUGGGAGUUUCUUGGUAUCAAAGAAACUGAGAGAUCAGGUCUAGAACAACUAAGGCAAAGACCAAAAAACAUACUCCCUCUCAUAGAAAAAGAGGAAGGAAUGAGAAGGGCCGGAAAAGGCCUGCAAUCGGAGAGAAAGGAAAGGUUUCCCGAGGCAGCCUGUUGGGGGCUAGAUAAGGUGGUGACUCUCUGGAAGAUAUGGUAUCUUUGGGGUGAUACAGUAAAGUGGCAAUCCGCGUCCGCCGACCUACAUGCAAUCAUUACCGGGAAGCCCACCUAUGUGGAGGAUAUCCUGGGAGCCGUUCGAUACCAAUCAAAAGCUUGGAACGAUGAAUCUGAACACAAAGGCCAACCGAGCUCCAGUCAGGCAAGACUUGAUAAACUGGUUAACUGCGACAGAAGCAAUACAUACUCACUCAGUGAUUUAAGAUAUGAGUUCAUUAUCAAUAAGCUUCAAACAUUCAUAGACAAAUACUCAGGAAAGCAAGCGCACAAAUCCAAUUUGUAA